CAUACACAAAUGUGAGUGUGUAUGUGCGUGUGUCCGUGCAUAUAUAAGAACCAUUUUCAAACAAGUGAUUAAAUCAGUUUGGCAAGCGGCAAGAGUAUUUGGUGUUAAAUCAGAAAAUCAUGAAUCCUUAUAAUCCAUAUGGAAAUCCAGGAGGCCCUCCACCAUCCGGAGCCUACCCUUACAAUGGACCAUAUUACCCACCCCAACCAUACCCACCACCAGCUCAGAGACCACCACCAACCAUUGUUAUAGAAGAACAUCAUGAGGGUGUUGGUGGCGCCAUCAAACAUGCAGUACAUGACAUGGUGUUUGGUCAUGACCAUCACCAUGGAGGCCACCACGGACAUCAUGUUCACUAUGAUCAUCAUGGUCACCAUGGUCACCAUGGUCAUCACGACCAUCAUCAUCACGAUUACCAUCACCAUGACCACUGCUAAAACACUUCUUCAGUGUAACAUUGAAGACAACAAAAUUAAACCAAUAAUUGUUUCCCAUAUAACUUUGUUAUAAUGACUUUAUAAUAACCUUAUAACAACAUUAUAAUGUUAUUAUGAUAGCAUUAUAAUAACAUUAUCAGAAAAUUAUUUUUACAAGAAAUGAAGGAUAACGCUUCUAAAAGUUAUGCUGUAUUCUUCAUGGCUGCUGAAAACUUCUGUCAGACAUUUGUAAACCAUUCUAAAAUGCUCAUAACAAGUUACCAGAGAUGGCCACAUAAAGAUUGUCAUAUGUUUAUAAUAAACCAGGAAGGCACCAUUUUCUUGAGUUCUUGAAAAUUCAAAGUAUAAAACAUGCAAGCUAACAACCAAUUGUUCAAUAAUACUUAUUAAAAUAUUUCCAAUCAAUAAAAUAAACAUUCAAAAUUC